GUCGCGUCCCAGAGGCUUCCAUCGCCGUCAUCGACUGCUGACUGGCUCAACCCGCAAUGGGCUACGGUACAUCGCGUAUUCUGCUGCGACCAUUCACAUCCAGUCGCCGCCACGAUUGCUGCUCACCCUCGUCGGAGGCUUGUUGCACAGCUCGUGAUCCGUCAACUUGGACCUCUUUGGACCCUUUGUAGUUUGCUGGUCUCUUUGUCUUGA